AUGAUCUCUUAUACAUCACAAGUCGCAAUCAAUGUAAGCAGACCUGUGACAGCAGACAACAUGAUCCAGUAUCAAUGUACAGCCAGUAAUGGAGUGGGGACACCAGCUACAGCUACAGUCAAUGUUACUGUACUGUGUAUGUAAAUAACUCUCAGACUUCAAGCAUAUUAUUUAUAAUUCAUAUCAGGAUAUUGCUUUCCAGUAAUUGAACAGGUGGCUAAAGUUCUCAGGGGUCGUUAGAACUUGAGCUGUAAAAUGAAAUUUAUGGGAAAAAAGAAUUUAUCCCUGGGAAUUCUACCUUUCCUAAAGAUGGGAAGCAAUAUCCAUUUAACAGUGAUGAGAAACUUAUGCAAUACAUUGUAUUUGAUUUACAACUUAAAUAAGUCAAAGGCAAAGGGAAAGUACAUUAAAAAGUUACACAAAAAAGUGUCUGAAACAGCUCAAUUCUUCGGGUGAAAAGAUGAAUAACACAAAAUAAAGCAAAAUAGCUACGCAGAAUAUCCUGCUUUUCAAAUCUACAUCUCUUGAGUGAUUCUUCACUGAUCUCUACUCGGCCGUCAAAGAUUUCUACCAGCCACUAAAAAUGCUUCUAAUUUAAAUAGGAUAACAUGUGAAAAUGAAUCUAAGACCUCUAUGGUGAGUUAGGCCUAGUCCUUCAGGGACAAGUUUUUGAAAAUUAUUUAUAAAUUACUAUUGUUUGCGCAGUUGUUGUGAUGUUAAAAGGCACGUAUUUGCUGUUUUGCGAAUGAGCAAAUAAAUUAUUUGCUCAUAAGUGAUACAGUGACUUUAUCAUGCUCCUCUCCCAGUCAAACCAGAGAUUACGCAGUUUCAAACGUCUGCUGCCAGCCACAAAGUAUGCCGGAAUGAUGUCAUCAAGUUUAGCUGCUUAGCUGAUGCUAAUCCGCCGGUGAUAUCAUACCAGCUGUUUGAGAACAACACUGCUAUUUUAGACAAAAACACUUCAAGAAUGUGGUUCAGAAACAUGUCAAUUGGGGGAGUUUUCAUCUACAAAUGCGUGGUCAACAACACUCUUGGAAUAGUACAUAGUAAAUGGAUUGCCGUCAGUGUAAAUGGUAAAUGACUUUUCUAUAUCAUAAGUUUGAAUAGCAAAAGGAUUGUGAGAGUUCAAGCUGACAAUCAGAGUCCUCCCUCCCCGCCCUAAACGCUCUAAACUUUUUUAAAAUGAACAAAUCAAAGAUUAUCAGAUUAUCUAGAAAACUGAGUACUUUUUCUAACGCCAGUUCAAAGCUGCCUUGGAUAGGUGUAAGGGGAAUCCAUCGACUAAUUUUUUUUUUUAACAUUCAUUAAUCACAUGACAACAAGUGACGCACCACUUCCCCCACGGCUCAUUAUGGAAUGAUAACUGGUCCUUGCAAUUGCACAUCAUCUGGAUGUCUGUCAUUGAACUAAUCUACUUUAUUGACUGUGAUUUUAACAUUUCAGCUAAUAAAGAAGCUGGUAAGAUAGACGCCAAGGCGCGUGAUCAGGUCGCGCACCUUGAAACCGUGACAAAUUACUAUACCAGCUCUCGUCAAGAAAACGUAACUUUUUGCACCAUGGCAGCGAAUUGCUUUUAAACAAAAAGUGAAGGACAAAAAAAAGGCUUCUCGGAGACAAAAGUUUAAAAUCCACCUAAAAAAAACCACUCACUAUGAUGAAAAAACGUUGAAGGACUUUUGCAAAUUUCUUAUUUACCUUUGGGAUUUGCAAAAUUUUGCAAUAAAUUGGUAGAGCGACACCUGUAUGAGAUUUGUUUUGUUUUUUAAUUGGAAUGUAUAGUAAAACAUUUAGGGCCGGUUAUUUCCACAUAGUUUAGCCGCUGUUUGUUUGCGUAAAAAAAUUGGCUCUUCAUGACUGAGCCCACUAGACUGGUUUAAAAUGUGCUUACUAAUUGAUUCUUAUUUGACAGGGCCUCCAAACAUACAAACCAUAGAAAAUCAGACAUUAACUGAAGGGGUGAUAUGACUCUGAUAUGCCUGGCAUCCGGAGGCCCUUCACUUGUGGUGUCUUGGAUCAAACCUGAUGGUCAGCGUGCUACCACAAACGUCUUGAAGCUUAUAAACAUUAAAAGGAGUGAAGCUGGGGAAUACAGAUGUGUAGCCACUAGUGAUUGUGGGAGCGUUUCUCAUACAACAGGUGUUGAAGUGCAAUGUGAGUAAACAUGUGUUGCAUCACUGAUAAUAAAUCGUACCCACCUUCUAACAAGUUUGUCUCCCUUAGGUCCUGAGAAGGAGUUUGAUUUUAAAAGCAGUAGCUAUGUCUUACUUCAAAAAAGUGUUAUGUAUAUAAAUGGUAUAUUUGUUGUACAGUUCUAGCAUUGUUGCUCUUGAAAUAGCAACUUCUGUGUGCAUUAAGAACGAAAAAACGUCAAGGAAUAAAUAUUUUGUAUUGCAAAGAUAUGUAACAAAAAUUCAUGUAUCAAGAAAUUUAAAUUUUGACAAAGGUAAAAUCUCUUCAAUCAAUCAUUCAAUAUCUAGUCCCUUGUUGAGUAUUAAAAGAAGCUCUAACCCUUAUUUACAUGGGCCCUUUUAACUUGUUUUACGUCGUUGUCUGGUGAUAGUUUAUGUUACCAACAUAGUUAAUGUUUGGAGCUAACAUUUGAUGCAAGAUACGUUUCAUUGUGUCAUUCCUAACGGUAGUUCUGCAUUUAAUUCUUAAAAAUCAUAAAAUUUUACCGCCACGGUUGGUUUUCUUUCUAAAAUGUUCUUGUCUUUAAUGCAUUGCACACAGAAAGUUAAAGGCCUUAGAAGCUUUUCGUUUGUGUUGAAUUAAAGCACUUGCUAAACCUCUCAAAGUUAUUCAUAAGUCAAACAAAAUGUUAAAUGAUAUAGUGUUGAAUUUUUGAGAUUUUUCAUUGAUCUUGAGGAAUAUUUUUCCCUCAACUUUUCCGUGUUACAUAGUAUUUCAAAAAAAUGUAUGCAUAUCGUUUAUCAGUUGGUGAAUUAGGGAGUCCUGUUUGUCAAAUCAUUGUUCGUGAGUACUAUCUUUCAGAUACUCCACUGGUGUCAGUUUCACCAGAGAAGGUUACCAUUGUUGAGGGCAAUAAGGCUUUAUUGACAUGUAAUGCAUCUGGUGAACCUGAACCGAGUAUAUCAUGGACAAGAAUUGGUAGUUCCAAUGUUCUCUCUGUGUCACCAUCACUAAUUAUUGUGAAUGUGAGCAGACCUGGGACAGAAGACAACAUGAUCCAGUAUCAAUGUACAGCCAGCAAUGGAGUGGGUACACCUGCUACGGCCUCAGUGAAUGUUACUGUUGUCUGUAAGUAUUCUUCUAUUAGGUGUACCGUAACGGUUUUUUUCGCGUCCUCUGAAUUCAUCCAACUUUUGCACAACAUGUAGCCGAAACAGAUGAUUUCUACUGAGGGUAGUUCAGUUUGCCCGAUAUGCAUGCAAAAGUUUCAGUAUGCUCAUUGGUUGAGGACACGUCAGUUUAUCCCAAACAGUGCAGAAAGUUGAAAUUGAGUCCAGAAACUCAAAAUUAUAUUAAUUGACAGGAGAGUCGCGACAGCACAACAAAAUAAAAUGGCGGACAGGCUAGGAGAAGUAACAAAGCUUUAAUCCAGAGCAAAAACACCAAACAAAGCACAAACAACUGGCUUAAACUCGUGAAGUCUUGGGCUUCCAAUAACGGCUAUGACAACAGCACUGAAACGUAUUAUCUUGGAGUUUACGCAACCGUUCGUACGGAAGACGGGGAUUAAAUUACGAGCGUGAUAGCCUUUGCGUACUGGUUGCUAUUAUUGAGCUAAUUCUGAAUGAGAAAGCGUGCAAACACCUAUUUAUUCGAGAAAGAAGAUUUAAAAGCUCGAGGAAAAUUCUUGCAGGAAAACCCCGACGACUUCAGCAACAAUACGAAGGCAAGCGGCCACACCAAUGAACUAUAAACACGGCUAAAAAUUCAACAAAUUCAAAUACAACACAAAUUGCACUCGCUCUACGGACUUGUACAACUUGGUUAGCCUCUAAAAAUUUACUUGCGCUGAUUUUUCCCAAGUUUCACUCGAAAUCAAGUGAUUAGCUAUACAAACAAAUGAAUUCACUGCCGCACCUGCUGAUUAAACAUACAUGCGGUCACUAAACCCUAUAUCCCAAUCCUUUUCUCUAAACGCAAGCCAAUUCUGAUGUAUACCAUUUCGAGAAAAAAAUAUACUUAUAUAUACGAGGUUUGUUUUCAAUUUCAAGCAGGAUGAAAACACUGAAAAGUGGGUUGUUAAGGAAGACAAAUUUGGAUCCCAGCAUGCGGAAAUUUGAUACACACAGGAUUUUGCUUUAUAUUGUUUCUGUUGACUGCCAGUAGAAAGUGUUUAUGCUGGGGUAUUAAAUAUUGACUCAUUUUUUAUCCCUCCUAAACUUAAAAAACUGUUUUGGAACAAUCUCACGUGGUAAGGCCGAAAAGCCCUCGAAAUUUUCUCGAAUUCUUUUAGUCGACGUAUAUAUGUACUUAAUAUACCAACUAAUAUUUCGAUUUUUAAAUGGGAAAAUACAUAGCCGCCAACUAUGUCCUUUCAAAGCACUUUUUUAACACACGCUUCGUAUAAAGGGAAUAUUCCAAACAUAGUUAGGGAAAGAAGAGAUCCAUUUUUUUUUCAAUUUCAGAUCCAGCAGUGAUUACAAAUCCAGGAAUUGAAACAUUUAACAAGAAAAGUGGUGAGAUCGUCAGCUUUUUGUGUCUUGGAGACGGUAAUCCUACACCAACAAUUACCUGGACAAUGAGAGAUGGUGUCAUCGAUUGGAAAUCUGUUAAUGAUCCCAGGAACGUGACCUUUGUGGUAAAACCCUACAGCUCUGGUUGGUAUCUCUGCACCGUUGACAAUAAAAUGAAUGCAGCUUUCAAAUGGUUUCGCCUUGGUACGUAAACUUGAUUAUCUUUUUGUCUGAUAUUUUCUAGAUGAACAGACAAUGCAAUGUCUGCUGCCACAACACAAGGCAAUUAUCUUAAUUCUCAGAGUUGAGGCAGUGCUACAUGGGAGUAUGCUCUGUCUUCUUCUCCUUCUUAAACUU